AGCUGUUCCUUGUCAAAGUCUUGCAAAGUAGCAAAACCAGGUUUUGAAAUUGGAAAACAUUUUUCUUUUGAGGGUGUUGUUGAAGCAGAGGAAUGGGUGGUGAGAGUAAUGAAGGAGAGAUGGGUUUUAAGCAUGGAGAUGAUGAGAGUGGUGGGAUCUCAAGAGUUGGAAUUACAUCAAUGCCCUUGUAUGCAAAGGCAGAUCCUUUCUUCUCUUCUGCAGAUUGGGAUCCAGUUGUCAAUGCUGCUGGUGGCUUCUCAAGCUCUCAUUACCACCCUUCAAUGGCGAUGGAUAAUCCAGGGAUGAGUUGCUUCUCUCAUUACCAACCCGGUUCUGGUUCCGGUUUUGCAGCAGACAUGCCUGCUAGUCUUCUUCCGUUUGGUGAUUGUGGAGGUGGUCAAAUUGGUCAUUUUCUUGGUUCAGACAAGAAAGGGGAAAGAUUGAUCAGAGCUGGAGAAUCAUCUCAUGAGGAUCAUCAUCAGGUUUCAGAUGAUGCUGUUCUUGGUGCUUCCCCAAUUGGGAAAAGAAGGCUACCUGAAACCGAAUCACAAUGGAACAAGAAAGCUGUGGAGGAAUUUCAAGAAGACCCUCAAAGGGGAAGUGAUCAGAGCCAGAAGAAACACAAGAAUGAUCAGAGUAAAGAGACGGUGAACAAGGAGAGCUCACAAAGUGAAGAAGCACCCAAAGAAAACUACAUUCAUAUGAGGGCAAGAAGAGGUCAAGCCACUAAUAGUCACAGUCUUGCAGAAAGGGUUAGAAGAGAAAAGAUCAGUGAAAGGAUGAGAUUGCUUCAAGAGCUUGUUCCCGGAUGCAACAAGAUCACCGGGAAAGCGGUUAUGCUCGAUGAAAUCAUCAACUAUGUUCAGUCAUUGCAACAGCAAGUUGAGUUUUUGUCUAUGAAACUUGCGACGGUGAAUCCAGAAAUCAACAUUGAUAUAGACAGGAUUCUCGCCAAAGAUCUUCUGCAAUCAAGAGACAGAAACACUCCUACACUCGGGCUGAAUCCUUUUACCGGUUUUCAAGGGACCAUACCGAACCUUUCUACCACCACAAAUCCACAAUACAACCCAUUACCUCAGACAACACUAGAGAGUGAACUACAAAACCUUUACCAGAUGGGGUUCGUCUCAAAUCCAACGACUAUGUCCAGUUUCUCACCUAAUGGUCGAUUGAAACCUGAGCUCUAGUACUUCAAGGACACGGAAAAUUUGCAGGGAGUUUGUAUAGAAGAUGGCUUUGGUUCUAAGUAUCAUAUGUGUUCGUUCUUCCAUAUUAUUUUUUCUAAGCAGAAGGAUUUGGAUUCUCAGUUGUUGUUGUUUUUGCUUUUCCUCAACGAAGAAUGCAUUUAUUAAAUAUGGAAAUCAGAA